UGCUUUCACUUUGCAGCAGUUCAGAGCUCUGGGAACUUCGGGAGAAGUACACUGUGUCAGAAUGGAGGGCUCCUAUGGCCUAAUCUCUCUCCAAAAGAAGCCAGUGGCACUGAAGAGCAUCUCUGUGACCUUGUCCAUCCAUGAGUUUGUGGCUGCUGUGUCUGCAACCUUAAACUAUGAGAAUGAGGAGAAAGUCCCUUUGGAGACCUCCUUUGUGUUCCCCAUGGAUGAAGACUCUGCUGUCUAUAGCUUCGAGGCCUUGGUGGAUGGGAAUAAAAUUGUGGCAGAAUUACAGGACAAGAUGGAGGCCCAACACAACUAUGAGAGUGCCAUAUCACAGGGCCACCAGGCCUACUUAUUGGAGGAGGACUCAUAUUCCAGAGAUGUCUUCUGUUGUAAUGUGGGGAACCUCCAGCCUGGUUCAAAGGUGGAGCUCACCUUGAGGUAUGUGCAGGAGCUGUCCCUGGAAGCAGAUGGGGCCCUGCGCUAUGUGCUCCCAGCCAUCCUGAACCCUAGAUACCAUCUCUUUGGACAGCUUGUGGACAGUUGCCUUGAUAUGAAAACUCCUGUAGUGCCUUUGGAAGACCUUUCCUACACACUCAGCAUGGUCGCCACCAUCAGGUCCCAGCGUGGCAUCCAGAGGGUCCACUCCAACUGCCCCUUAAGUGCUGUUGAGUUCCUUGCAGAUGAUAAGACUUCUGCCCAGGUUUCCUUGGCUGAAGGACACAAGUUUGACAGGGACGUGGAACUCCUGAUUUACUACAGUGAAGUGCACAGCCCCCGAGUAUCUGUAGAGAUGGGGAUGCCUGAAAAGAAGCCAGAUAGUUUAAUGGGAGAUCCUUCUGUCAUGGUGAGUUUCUAUCCAGACAUUCCUGAAGAUGAGGCAUCUGUGACCUGUGGAGAAUUUGUCUUCCUGAUGGACUGCUCAGGAAGUAUGCAGUGCCCCAUGAAUAACCAGGACCGCUCUCAGUCACGCAUAGAGGCAGCCAAGGAAACACUGAUUCUGCUGCUGAAGAGUUUGCCUAUAGGUUGUUAUUUCAACAUCUAUCAAUUUGGAUCUUCCUAUAAAGAAUUCUUUCCGAAGAGUGUGAAGUACACUCAGCAAACAAUGGAGGAGGCUGUGGAAAGAAUUAAGCUCAUGGGAGAAGACCUAGGGGGCACUGAGAUCUUGGCCCCACUUCAGAGCAUUUACAGGAAGCCCUCCAUCCCAGGUCACCCCCUGCAGCUUUUUGUCUUCACAGAUGGAGAAGUUGCUGAAACAUUUACUGUAAUUAAAGAAGUUCAGUCUAAUAGCAAGAAACACAGAUGUUUCUCAUUUGGCAUUGGAGAAGGUGCCUCCACCAGCUUAAUAAAAAGCAUUGCUCGAGUGUCAGGGGGCACUUCAGAGUUCAUAACAGGCAAGGACAGGAUGCAGUUCAAGGUUCUUAGGUCCCUGAAGCACUCUCUACAGCCUGCAGUAGAAGACAUCUCUCUGAGCUGGAAUCUGCCUCCUGGUGUGUCUGCCAACAUGCUUUCUCCAGAACCAACUGUCAUCUUUAGAGGUCAGAGGUUGAUCCUCUAUGCCCGACUCACUGGGAUGAUGAAGGAAGCUGAGGCGACAGGAGAAAUAUUCCUCAAAUACAUGCUCCAGGGCAAAAGAUUUGAGGAUAAGCUGACAUUUUCUCUACAAUCCAAGUCAGAUGCUGACUUCACUAUUCACCGCCUUGCUGCUAAGUCCUUCAUCCAGACCAAAGACCUUGGUCUCAAUGAGACCCCAGCAAUGGACAAAGAAGACAUAUUGAAGAUCAGCAUCGAAUCUGGAGUCAUCAGCUCCUUCACAGCGUUCAUUGCCAUAAACAAGGAGCUCAAGCAGCCAGUGCAGGGGCCCCUGGCUUACAGGCAGAUCCCAAGGCCAAGUAAAUUUCGUAGAGGCGUAAUUAGGCCAUGUCAGUCCUUCACAGCACAAAUGCCAUGUUUAAGAAGAAGGUCAUGUUUAGCAAGAUUUGAGGACCAGGAGACAGAACACGUGUAUUUCAAAAAGGCUCUCCAGGUUAAGAAAAUAACUCAUUCUUCCAACAACAGGACCAACUUGCAAAGUGAUCAUAGAGUGGUUAGAGGCACUGAACUUAUGCAGCUGAUUGACCUCCAAAAGGCAAAUGGGUCUUGGGAUCUGAAUAAAGAUCUGACUAAGGUCCUAGGUGUGAGUUUGGAAGACCUGCUUGCUGCACACCCUGCCCAGCAUGUGGACUCCUCAGCCUGGGCCACUGUCCUGGCUGUGGUUUGGCUGCACACCCAUGGUAAGGACCAGAAGAUGGAAUGGGAGCUUCUGGAAAGGAAGGCUGUGGCCUGGAUUCACAUCCAAGCAGGCUCCAUGGUGCCCACGUUUGUGAAAGCUGCCAAUGUUCUCCUGAAGUCAUCUGUGGAUCCUGCUGUCUUUGCUCCCUGAGGAUGCCUUCCAGCAAAAAAAAAAAAAGAACCUCUCCAUGGCAAUCAGCGCUCCCUUCACCAUCUCUUCUGCUGUGAUG